CCUACAUGUGCUACAGUCAUGGAUGUGAAGAUACCUACAGCAUGAUACGGCACAAUAUGGAGUAUUGUAUUUAGGAAUUUAAUGUAAAGCAAAAGACUCAGAUGAGGACUAUUACUGAUGGCUUGGUAUAAACAAACUGAUAACAGGAAGCUGACCUCAGUUAAUUUGGUAACUGGAUUUUUUCAGUAUCUCCGUGAUGAACAAGAGGCAGUCCAAAAGAGAACAUUUACAAAAUGGAUCAACUCCCAUUUGGCUAAGCGCAAUCCUCAACUGAUGAUAAAUGACCUAUUUGAAGAUAUAAAAGAUGGAACCAAGUUGAUUGCCUUGCUAGAAAUCUUGUCUGGGCAAAAGCUGCCAUGUGAAAAAGGGAGGCAGAUGAAGCGCAUUCAUUGGGUGGCCAACAUCGGGGCAGCACUUAAAUUUUUGGAAGGAAGACGGAUUAAACUUGUGAACAUAAACUCAACAGACAUCGCUGAUGGGAGGCCUUCGAUUGUGCUUGGAUUAAUAUGGACAAUAAUUCUAUAUUUUCAGAUUGAAGAAUUAACAAGCAAUCUCCCACAGCUGCAGUCACUGUCUAGCAGCACAUCUUCUGUGGACAGUGUAGCGGGCUCAGAUAUUACAAGUCCCCCAAACAAAAGAAAAGUUGUCAAUAAAAUCCAAGGAAGUGCCAAGAAAGCACUACUUAGAUGGGUGCAGUACACAGCAGCCAAACGACUUGGAAUUGAAGUAAAAGAUUUUGGGCCUAGCUGGAGAAAUGGUAUUGCCUUUCAUGCAAUGAUACAUGCGAUUCGUCCCGAACUUGUGGACAUGGACAGGCUGAAAGGAAGAACAAAUCGUGAAAAUCUUGAAGCGGCUUUUUCAAUUGCAGAGACUGAAUUGGGUAUUCCAAGGCUGCUAGACCCUGAAGAUGUGGAUGUCGACAAACCUGAUGAAAAAUCAAUUAUGACCUACGUAGCACAGUUCCUCAAACUCUAUCCUGACCCUCAUAAUGGAGCUGAUGGAAGAGAUGAUGAUAGAGAACCAAAAAUUUGCUCACGGGACUUGAAGGUUUGGAUCGAGCAGUUUGAGAGAGACAUGACCCGAGCACAAAUGGUAGAAAACAGUUUGCAGGAAAAAUAUCAGUUAUUUAAGCAGUACAGGGUGCAAUGACUCAAAAGGCAACGCAUUGAAACAGCCAUCCAGCCAUUGGGAAAAGAUGGAAAAUUAUCUUUGGACCAAACAAUGGUAAAACAAGCCUGGGAUAAAGUCUCAGCAAGGAUUCUUGAUUGGCAUAUGCAGAUUGAUAAAUCCCUUCCAGCCCCAUUGGGAACCAUAGGCUCUUGGCUAUACAGAGCAGAGCUUGCGCUCAGGGAGAAGAUAAUUAUCCAGCAAGCUCACGAGGAAACCGGCAAAUCUCAUACCACCGAAAGAUAGAAGCAACAUAAGGAUAUACUAAAAAACCUGGAUGGUUAUAAAAAAGCAUUUCAAGAGAUCCAUCGUUCUCGAUCUGUCAACGGAGUCCCUAUUCCUAUAGAGCAGCUGGAAGAUAUGGCAGAGAGGUUCAGUUUUGUUGCGUCAUCUUCUCAAAUUCAUGUGAUAAAACUGGAAUUUAUGGAAUUAAAAUACCGUCUGUUAGCACUUUUGGUCCUGGCCGAAUCUAAACUGAAAUCAUGGAUCAUCAAGUAUGGAAGAAGAGAAUCUGUUGAGUUACUUUUGCAAAAUUACAUUUCUUUUAUUGAUGGAAACAGACUCUUUGAGCAAUAUGAUAUCACCAGCCAAUCACUCAAGCAAGCUGCAGAGAUGUAUUUGAAAGCUGAUGGCUCAGCAGAGGAAAUUGAACAUGUGACAAAAUUUUUGAAUGAGACAUCAUUACAGUGGAAAAACCUCUCCGUGGAGGUGAGAAGCGUCAGGAGCAUGUUAGAGGAAGUCAUCACUAACUGGGAUAAAUACAGCAAUACAGUCGCCAACCUGCAAGCCUGGCUGGAAGAUGCAGAAAAAAUGUUAGAUCAACCUGAACAUGCCAAAAAGGAUUUUUUCAGGCAUUUACCUCACUUGAUUCAGCAACACUCAUUUAUGAAUGAUGCUGGAAAUUUCCUCAUUGAGACAUGUGACGAUACAGUCUCAAAAGACAUUAAACAGCAGCUGUUGUUGCUCAAUGGGAGAUGGAGAGAGCUCUUUAUGGAAGUUAAACACUAUGCCCGAGAUGAUGAGUAUGAAAGAGCAAAGAAGGAUUACGCGGAGGGAUUGAUAGCACUGGCGGCUUUUGCAGAAGGAGGAAAUGAGAGAAUUUCUGUGUCUUUGGAAGUGUCAUUUCUAAAUGUCAAGAUGUUUGUCCAAGAUCUAGAGGAUAUUAAACAUAAAAUGCCUGUAAUUGAAGCCCAAUAUAAAUCAGUUACAAGAAUGGCUCAGCUCCUUACUAAGGAAUCUCCUCAGGCGGAAGCAAAUGAAAUGCUUGCUGCUGUCUCAAGGAUUAAGGAUCAACUAAACAAAAUACGGGAACGCUCUCCUCCCCUGCUUUACGAAUCUCAGCAGCUGCUUACACCGCUUGGAGAAUUUGAAAGCCAUUUGACCAUUUUUUAUGAAUCUUUUGAAAUACUCACUGAAAUUAUCGCAGUAGCAGACAUGGACAUACAGUCUGCUUCUUCUUUCAAACAGAAGCAGCGGGAGUUAAUAACUCACCAGGAAAAUUGUAGAAAAUCUUUGACAAUGAUAGAGAAAAAAGGCCAGGUCAUUUCCAAGGCCCUGUCAAUGAGUAAAUCCCUUCAUCAUUUUGACCUCUCCAUCCUGCAGAAGAAACUGAUAGACGCGCAAGCUGCCUUUCAGAACUUGAUAAAGAAGAUAGCAGAAUGGAGGAAAAUGGUAGAUACUAAUAAUACUAUGAUGAAGAGAUUCGAAGAAUCCAGGGCAGAACUGGAGAAAGUUCUCAAGAUGGCCGAAACCUACUUCAAAGAGAAGGGAAACCCAGAAGAUUUGUUAAAGAAACACACAGAUUUCUUUGGCCAGUUAGAUCAGAAGGUGCUUAAUACGUUUUUGAAAGCUUGUGAUGAGCUGACAGAUAUCCUUCCUGAACAAGAACAACAACCACUACAAGAAACCGUAAGGAAACUUCACAAACAGUGGAAGGACUUUCAGAGCGAAGCCCCCUACCAUUUGCUUCAUCUAAAAAUUGAACUGGAAAAAACCCGGAUAUUAACAACAGUUGAAGACGGCAAAGGGGAAUUGGCUCGAGAGAACAGAUUGCUUCCUGUGGAAGGCAGUGAAAAGAUUAUUAAAGAACAUAGGGCUUUCUUUACUGAAAAAGGAUUCUUUCAAUUGUGUGAAAAAAGGUUACGCUUAAUUGAAGAACUUUGCUUAAAAUUACAAGACAAAGAUCCUAUAAGAGGAGUGUUUGAAAUGACCACAAAGGCCGUGAAAGAACUGAAAGCUCAGAUUGAUGGCACUCAUUUGAAACUGAUGGAGCACCCUGACAAAUGGCGAGACUUUAGGAGCAGGUUUACUCAGUUAUCAGAAUGGGUGUUUGCAAAGGAUAAGCAAUUAAAGCAAAUACAAAACAAUGCUACAGAUGCUGCUAAAUAUGAAAAGUUAAAAACUUCAGUUCAGGAAAUUGGGCAAGAAGUGAACAAAGAAGAGGGUUCCCUAAACUAUCUGAAAUCCCGGCUGAGUGCACUAACUGAGGUGUCAUCAGAGGCUGAAGUGAAGACGCAGAGCAGUGAGCUCAGCAGACUGUCUACCAGUUUUAAAGCGAUACUUGAAUUACUUAAUGAGAUCGAAAAACUUUUGGGCACUCUUGGUGAUUGUGUACAGUAUAAAGAAAAUGUAGAGCAUGCACUUAAUGAGUUAAUAACGAAUGCCAAAGAUGCUGAGUCGGAAGCUGAAAAGGUAUUAGAAACAGAAAGCUUUGCAGAAGCGCAGAAGUUACUUCUUCAUUACCAGCAAAAUAUAAGGAAGAUACAUUUAAAAAAACAGGAUAUUCAACAACAGAUUGUUCAGGCUAAACAGCUUCAGGUUGAUAAAGGUUUGUCUGGUCCAGUGCUGGAGGAAAUGGAAAAAUUGGAAGUUGAAAUAGAGAGAGUGGAGGAGAAAAUGGUAAAAAAAAAUGAACAGUUGCAGGUCACAAUAAAUCAGUGGGGAGAGAUUGAAUCUGGCAAGGAAAAUAUUACACAGCAUCUCAAGCAGAUGGGUUCCAUACAUGAACGUACCUUGACCUUCAGCACACUAGAGAGCUUGGCUUCUGAACUUCAACAAACAAAGGAUAUUUAUAAUGAAAAUGAAUCUAAAGACAUUCAAGCAGACACCUUAGUGAAGAAAGCAUCCGACAUACAGCUUGGAACAAAGAGCAAGGAAAUACUUCAACAGCAAACUAAGUCCAUUCAAGAGAAAGUGAAGCAAGUUAAAGAAUCUCUUACUGAAAACAUUGACACAAUAGAAAGAGUGAAGAAAAAUUGGGAGGAAUUUGAUAGAGAUUUUGAAACUCAUACUAACUGGAUUUCAGAAAAAGAAAAGGAACUAAGUGAUAUAGAGUACUCCUCUAAAGGAGUGGAAACCAAAGUUAAACUUAUUCAGGAAAUACUUAAGGGACUAGAGAGUAAAAGCAAUGUUUUGGCAGAUCUUGAAGGAAAGAGCCAGGCUUUUUCCCAAUUUAUUAACUCAGGUGAAAGUGCUCGUAACAGAGCUAAGCUUUCACAAUUGAGCAAGAACUGGGAAGGGCUAAAAGACCAUGCGCACAAUCUGGAAGAAAGUGUCAUGGGAAUAGCUAUACAACAGCAGAAGUAUGAGGAAACAUUCAGACAGGUGCAGAAAUCUUUGUCGGAGAUUGAAGCCGCGCUGGCAUGUCCUAUAACUAAUUGCUCGUCUUCUGCCCAAACAUACAGUGCUCUUUAUGCGCAUCAGGAUCUGUGUCAGGCUGCUGAAACAUUGAAGAACAGCAUCCAGACUCUCACAGCCAGUGCUCGAAAGCUAAAACCAAAAGAUGACUCUAUGCAAGAGACUUCAAGCUUGCAGUUACAAUACGAAGCAACAUUAACUCAAGCUAAAGAAAAAUGUACAAUGCUUGAACGACUGCUAACCCAGUGGCAAAGGCAUGAGAAGGAAUAUUCCGCCAUUACAAAUUGGCUUGAUAGUACAGAAAGCUUGUUCAGCUCAAAAGAAGACCAGUUGCCCGCUGUUAGGUUAAAACUGGAAGCAGAAUUACUGUUAAUAAAGGAUGUUCAAUCUGAGUUUUUGGCCUUAACACAGAGAUACACAGAGCUCCUGCAGAUAAGUGAAUCUUUAUAUCCUACGUCUUCAGAAGACAAAGUGGAAGAAAUGAAAAAGAAUUUAGAAAAGUUGUCCCAAAGAUGGAAUGAUUUACCAAAGAUAAUUACAAAUAGGAUUGAUAUUAUGGAAUCUGCUCUCAGUGAUCAUCAGGCAUUUGACAAUAUGUUGCUUGAAUUUUCUCUCUGGAUCAAGCAAUUCCUCAAAGACCUUCAGGAUACCGCUGAGAUUAUCACAACUGACCAUCAAACUGCUCAAGUUUCCAAUAUGAGUCAUGUCACUGAAGUGGAAAGACAAACGAAGGAAAUGCAAACCCUGAAGGAACAUCUUGAAAAACUAUGUUCAUUCACUAAACCAGAUGAACAUUCUGUAUUGCGGGGAAGGGUAGGAGACUUUAUACAGCUGUUUGAAGAAGCAACUGAGAUUACUGAUCGACGAAAAGAAUGUCUAUCAAAGUUGGGGGAGUUUCUCAAAAUUUAUAUUGACUCAUUGGAUGUUCUCCAUCAUGUAAAGGAAACUAUGGAGGCUACAGAGGGCAUGGACAAAGAAAACUCUGAAUCACUCCUAUCUGAGAUAAAUGUUCUUGAAGAAAAAACGGAAACACUAGCAAGCUUGUCCAUCGGUUUGGAUACAGCGAUUACCAAAGCCCAAUAUCAUUUAAGAAGUGGAAUUUCCGAGCAAAGAACCUCAUGCAGAGCACUAUCUGAUAACUUGAAUUUGGAACUGGAGACAAUUCGAACACUACUGGGUACAAAACAGAGUGAAGCAGAUGCACUGGGAGCUUUGUGGAAAUCAUUUGUUGAUUGCAAAGAGAAACUUCUAAAAAGCAUUGAAGACAUUGAAGAGAAGGCAGAUAAUGUGGAAAUGAAAGAACCAACGUUACAGGCACUCCAGCAAAGACUUAAAUUUUUCAAUGAAUUGGAUGAUGAAAUGAACUCCUAUCAGCAUGAAAGACAGUGGCUUAUCGACAAGGCAAAGCAGAUAGCACAAAAGGAUUUAACAAUGGCAGCUGACGCAGACAAAGAGUUAAAUGGAUUAAAAAUGACAUGGGAUGAUACUUCAAAAUUAAUACAUGAAAGCCAAGAGCAAUGCCAGAUCCUUCUUGACCUAAUGAAAGAAUUUCAUCAUCUGAAAUCCAACUUAACUAAAAUUGUAGAAAAUGCAGAAAAUAUGAUCACUAUUAAAUCAACGUUGAAAGAUCAAGAAGAUAUUCGGCGUACAAUAGCCAAGCAUGAAUCUGCUAAGAAUGAAUUUGGUGAUAAUCAAGCAGAACUUGAUGAGUUUACCAACAAAGGCAAACACUUGCUGGUGGAGCUGAAGAGGGUUCAUUGCAGCAAUUCACAAGCAGUAAAAGAAGAUAUGGACUUCACUGUGGAUCGAUGGCUUGAUGUGCUGGAGAGAAUAGAUGAUAACUUGGAAAGGCUUAGUGUGAGUCUGGCAUUGUGGGAAGAUGUGUUGAACAUCAGUGAUGAAAUUGAUGGCUGGUCCAGCAGCUCCAUUUCACAAAUGAAUGAAAGCAUCACCAACCUGAACAACAGCCAAAAUCUGAAAGACCGUCUUGAAGAAUUUCAGUCUGAAGUUAUGAACAAAGGCCACAAGUUAGAAGAAUUUCACUCAAAAGUUUAUGAGCUGAAGGAUUUGAACAACAGUCAGGAGCCCCCGUCAGAACUUCAGUUUAUGGAAGCGGAAUUACGUCAGAAACUGGAACAUGCAAAAGAGGUUUCCCAGCUUGCUAAAGGAACACUGAACGAUUUCAGCGCUCAGAAGAUGCAGUUAGAAACGUUUAUUGAACAGAUGACAAACUGGUUGAGUAAAGCUGAAGAGUCUAUAGAAAAGUACACGUGCAGUCAGGAACCCGAAGACAUAAAACAAUUGAAGGACAUACAGAAAGAACUGCAGAGCCAGCAAUCCAGCAUUGAUGCCACACAAGAAAACCUCAACAGCCUUUGUCGCAAGUAUCGCUCUGCUGAGCUUGAAGCCAUUGGAGAAGCCGUGACAGCUCUGAUAAAGAAAUACGAAGCAGUGAAUCACCUGUGCUUUAAAACUCAAGCUGGUUUGCAAGACAAAUUGGAAAAACACUUAAGUGAAAUCCUACAUGAUUUUCAUGAAUGGUUUGCAAAGGUCAAAGAAAUUGCCAGAGAAUCAUCUGACCUUUCAGGAGACAGCAAGACACUGGAAGGAAAACUGCAGCAUUUCCAGAAUGUACUGGAGUCAUUCAGCGAGGGUCAAGAAAAAUUACACACUGCCUUUGAAGAAGGAGAUAAAGUCCAUCAUUAUUUGCCGAAAGCUGUUACAAACAGUAUCCAGGAGCAGGUCUCUAAUGCUGAGAAGGAGUUUCAGAGCUUUAAAAAACAGUUUCUAAGAGACAAGCAAGCCCUUGAGGACUGCCUCCUGGAGCUUGGCAGCUUUGAAGAACAGCACAAGAGACUAAGCUUGUGGAUUCAUGAUCUGGAAGAAAGAAUAAGCACAGAAACCCUUGGGGAGAGCAAACAGCAUAUUCCUGAAAAGAAAACUGAGAUGCAUAAAGUAGGGAUGUUCCUGGAAGAGCUUCUAGCUGCAAGAGAAUCGUUUGACAAACUUUCACAAAGAGCUCAAGCUUUGAAUAAAGAACGCUGUGGUGAUGGGCAAGAAGUGCGUCAAUCUUCUCAACUUCUUACAACCUAUCAAAAUCUGGUGAAAACAAUGAAAGAAAAGCUCAGAGUCUGCCAGGUGGCGCUCCAGGAUCAUCAGAUAUUUGAAGAGGCUUUGCAGAGUGUUUGGUCUUGGUUGAAAGAUGUACAGGACAAGCUCGCUACUACUGAAAGCACAGUUGGCGAUAAAAUUUCUCUGGAAAAACGUCUUUUACAAGUCCAGGAGCUCAUAUUAGCUAAAGGGGAAGGUGAAGUCAAAUUGAAUUUAGCCAUCGGUAAGGGAGAGCAAGCUCUUAAAACUAGCAACAAAGAUGGUCAGAUGGUAAUUCAGAUGCAGAUACAAACUCUAAAGGAUGUGUGGGGAACUGUCAACAGCACAGCUACUAGGUGCCUCAGUGGUUUAGAGGCAGUGAUUAACCAGUGGAAUGAGCAUCUUGAGAGAAAACAUCAGCUAGAGCAAUGGUUGGAAGCAGUAGAUCGCAAAGUGGAACAGCCUAUCGAGAAGCAAAAUGGCCUGAAAGAGAAAUUCAUUCUACUAGACAACAUACAGGCAGUUAUAUCUGAUAUUGAGGAUCACUCCACCACACUGCAUCAUCUGAUCGAAAAGGGAAAGGAUCUGCACCAGAAGACAGAGCACGUUUCCUUCUCUGAAGAGUCUCAGAGUGAGCUACGGACGCAUUUUAAUGACAUCAUGACUGUGGCCAAGGAGAAAAUGAGGAAGAUUGAAGACAUUGUGAAAGAUCACCUUAUGUACCUUGAUGCAGUGCACGAGUUCUCUGAUUGGAUGCACUCAGCAAAAGAGGAACUUCACCGCUGGUCUGAUGCAUCGGGAGAUGUGGCUUCAAUACAGAAGAAAAUAAGCAAAAUAAAGGAGCUGAUGGAUUCCAGACAAACUGGAGCUGAACGCCUAAACAGAAUUGAGGCACUGGUUCCUGCAGUAAAGCAGGACACCACGGCCAGUGGUUGUGAACAGAUGGAUGCCGAGAUCCAUGGCUAUCAGGCAGACUGGAAACAGUGGGAAGACAACAUAUGUCAGAGCCAAAGUAGUCUGGACAGUCUUUUGAAUCAAAUGGCAAUCUCAGAGCAAGAAUACAGCGCACAAGUGUCUAAGCUGGAAAGUGAUAUGCAGGACUUUAGCAGACUGCUUGAGAAAUGGGCAAAGAGGAUGAUGCAAGGGGAAGGCAAGAACACAGACAAAGAAAUGAUUGAAUAUUGGCACCAGCAGAAGGAGGCUUUCAGUGCCCUCUCUGAAGCAGAGCACAUCACUGAUGACCUGAAGGCCCAACUGAAUAACCUUUGUCGAUUUUCCAAAGAUUUGAGUGUAUAUUCGAUGAAAGUGUCUACUUUGAUCAAGGAUUACAACAGUCUUUGUUUACAAGCCUCAAAGGGCUGUCAAAAUAAAGAGCAAGUCUUACAGCAAAGAUUCCAGACAGCUUUCCGAGAUUUCCAACAAUGGAUUGUAAAUGCUAAAGUUACAACCGCGAAGUGCUUUGACAUUCCACAGAGCAUAGCUGAAGCUUCGGAGAGUGUGCAGAAAAUACAGGAAUUCCUUUCUGAAAGUGAAAAUGGACAGCAGAAACUCAAUGUAGUUACUUCAAGAGGUGAACUUUUGAGCAAUAUUUUGCCAGAGGAAAAAGUUAAAACUAUACAACAGAAAGUAAUUACUGCAAAAGAUGAUUGGAAAAACUUCAUCUCAUCUCUGCAUCAAAAAGAAUCCAAUUUAGAGAACUUAAAGGUCCAGAUGAAAGACUUUGAGACAAGCGCUGAGCCACUUCAGGACUGGCUUAGCAAUACAGAGAGAGUUGUGCAAGACAGCAAUAAUCGUCUUCAUGACUUACCUUCUAAGAGGAAAGAACAGCAGAAGCUACAGUCUAUCCUGGAUGAAAUCGGCUGUCAUGAGCCCCAGAUCACCAGACUUAAAGACAAAGCUCAGCAGCUGAGGGAAGGACAGUCUACCAGCAAAAGCUUUGUGCACAGAGUGUCUCAGCUGUCUUCUCAAUAUCUAGCAUUAAGCAAUCUUACCAAGGAAAAAAUGUCAAGAAUGGACCGGAUCGUAGCAGAGCACCAACAGUUUUCUCAAGGUCUGAUUGAGCUCCAGGACUGGAUAACAGACACCAUUCACAUGCUUCAGUCUUAUUGUCACCCCACGGCUGAUAAAAUUGUAUUGGACAGCAGGAUGUCUAAAUUAGAGCCGUUAUUGCUUAUGAAGCAAGAGAAGGAAAUUCAGAUGAAGAUGAUAUUAACUCGAGGUGAAUCUGUGUUAAGAAAUACAUCGCCUGAAGGUGCACCUGCUAUUCAGAAACAGCUGCAGGAGCUAAAAGACACCUGGGCCGUAAUGCUGUCCGCUUGUAUACAAUGUAAAAGUCAACUUGAAGGAGCCCUUUCUAAAUGGACCAGCUACCAAGAUGAUGUCAGGCAGUUUUCCACUUGGAUGGAGGGUGUGGAAGAGAAGCUGAAUACUUCAGAAAAACAGUAUACUGUACUAAGAGAUAAAACUGCCGCACAAAGUAAAGCUAAGCUACUAAAUGAAGAAGUGCUGAGCCAUGGCCGCCUGUUAGCGACUAUAGAGAUGAAAGGAUCUAGCAUGACUGAACAUUACGUCACCCAAUUGGAGCUGCAGGAUCUUCAGGAACGUUACAGCUCCCUUAAGGAAAAGACAAAGGAAGCAAUUUUGAAGCUGGAAAAAAUAGUAAAAGACCAUCAAGAUUAUCAACAAGGGCUUAAAGGUUUUGAAGAAUGGCUGCAACAAGAGACUGAGAAGUUAGAUUGCUCAAUGCAUCUUGAUGGAGAUACACAGAUGUAUGAAAAUACUCUCUUAGACUUGCAGGAGUUGCAGGUGCGCUGUGCAGAAGGACAGGCCUUGCUUAACUCUACACUCCACAUAAGGGAAGAAGUCAUUCCAUGGGGUAUUCCUCACACUGAGGACCGUGAGCUUGAGUCUCUGAAGCAAGAUUGGCAAGUGUAUCAACAGAGAUUGACAGAGACUAGAAGUCAGAUCAAUGCCACCUUGAGUAGGCUGAAACUGAUGGAAAAGAAGUUUCAGAAGACAGAUAGUUGGUUAACAUCCAUCGAGGGUAAAGUAAAUAUUAGAACGGGACGUCAGUCUGAUAGAGCAACCAAAGAGAUACAGCUACAACAAAUGAAGAAAUGGCAUGAAGAAGUUAUGGUUUACAAAGAUGAGGUAGAGGAAGUGGGAACGCUGGCCCAGCAGGUGUUAGAGGAAGGCCGAAGUAGCAGCCGAAUAGGAAGUUUUGCAACCAUGCUCACGUCUCGCUAUCAGGCUGUCAUCCUACACAUAUUGGAACAAAUUAAUUUACUUGAGGAGGAGAUUAGGAGCAGUGACGAAUAUGACGCAGCCAUUAAGGUUUACACAGACUGGAGCGAUGAAGCACAAAAGAAUUUCAAAAAUCUCACUGCCAACAUAAGUUUAGGAGAUAAAACAACUAUGGAAAAGAAAAUGAAAAAGAUUGAAUUUCUACUAAGAGAUAUGGAUAUGGGUCAUAACUUGCUCAAAUCAGCUCGUGAAACAGGGGAACGGGUUCUCAAGUAUUUGGAAGGGUCUGAGGCUGAGCAACUGCAGAAGGAGAUAAGUGAUCAUGUGGAGAGUCUAGAAAACCUAACAAGCUCAAUAAGAAAGGAGCACACAGCCUUAGAAAAAAGGAUUCAUCUGGCAAAAGAAUUCUCAGACAAGUACAAGAUUCAAGCUCAGUGGGUCAUAGAAUACCAAGCCAUUCUGCAGACCCAAGUGGAACCCAAAACCGAGCUGUACGAAAAGAAGGCUCAAUUAGCUAAAUACAAGUCAGUACAACAGGCUGUAUUUACACGUGAGCCCUCCAUAAAACUGGUCAUUGAAAAAGGUGAAGCAUUGCUGGCUAUGACUCAGGAUGUGACUGCUGGAGAGAAAAUACAUAAAAUACAAAGAGACUAUCAGGAACUCUGCAACUUGGCUAAGGCUAAUGUUGGAAAUCUGGAAGAAAAAGUUAAGGAACACGAGGACUAUAAUUCAGAGCUUCAAGAUGUAGAGAAAUGGCUGCUACAAAUGUCCAGUAGACUUGUAACUCCUGACUUGAUGGGACAUAACAAUCUGGAAACAAUAACUCAGCAGCUGGCAAGUCACAAGUCAAUGAUGGAAGAUAUUGCUGCGUUUGAAGAGCGUUUGAACAGCCUCAAAACUAAGGGUGAAAACCUAGUUCUUCACCUUGCUGAGCAUCUGCAGGCAAAAUGUAAACAGAAUGUACAAGCUCACCUGCAAGGGACUAGAGACAGCUAUUCUGCCAUUUGCAGCACUGUACAACGUGUGUACUUAAGUUUGGAAAAUGAGCUGCAAAAGCAUGUAAGUCAUCAGGAUACAUUAUUACAGUGUCAGGCUUGGUUUGCCUCGGUACAACCAGAGAUACAGCCAACCUUUAAAGCUCCUACUAGCCAGGCAGAGGCAACAAAACAGGUGAAGCAUUACAGAACAAUGCAGGAGCAAGCUAAUACUUAUCUGGAUCUCCUCUGCACUACAUGUGAUUUAACAGACACUGCUGUGAAGAACGUAGCCAUAGACAUCCAGCAUACAAAGCAGACCAUUGAGCAGAGGAUGAUGCGAGCACAGGAUCUAGCUAGCGGCUGGGAAGAAGUUAAACAAAUAAAGGCGGAACUUCAAACAUAUUUCCAAGAGGCAAAUCAGCAUCUACAAAACAUGAAGAGGAGACGAGCUGAGUUAGAGAUCAAGCUUGCGCAGAAUAUGGUUUCACAGGUUAAGGAGUUUAGUCAGAUACUGCAAUCAAAGCAAAACACCAUUACCACCUUCACAGAAAAAGUGAACAAGCUGACACAUGGUCAGGAGUCACCAGAGCAUGCAGAAAUUGGACAACUAAGUAACCGGUGGCUGGAUUUCUGCUUUCAAACGAACAAUGUGCUUCUUCAGAGGGAGGAGGAUCUUCAAAGAACACGGGAUUACCAUGACCGCUUGAAUAUUGUAGAUGUAUUUCUUGAGAAGCUUAACACAGAAUGGGAUAACUUAGCCAGAUCUGACACUGAAAGCACAGCUGCACAUCUUGAGGCCUUGAAGACAUUGUCCUCCAUUUUGCAGGAGCGGAGGUUUGCUCUUGAGGAUCUUAAGGAACAAAAGCAAAAGCUUUUUGAACACUUAAAUGUGGAUGACAAAGAAUUAGUUAAGGAGCAGACAAAACAUUUUGAGCAGCGUUGGACACAGCUAGAGGAACUGGUGAAAAAUAAAAUUGUGACUUGUGUCACCACCUUAGAGGAGCUAAGCUUAGUUAAUUUUAGGUUACAGGAGUUGACAGAGUGGGCUGAAGAUCAGCAACCUACAAUCUCUGAGGCUUUAAAACAAAGUCCUCCACCAGAACUUGCACAGAACUUGCUUAUGGAUCACCUUGCUAUUUGUAGUGAAGUUGAGGCUAAGCAGGGUCUCCUAAAAAGUUUGCUAAAGGAUGCUGACAGAAUUAUGGGUAAUCUAGGGCUCAAUGAAAGACAACAACUUCAAAAGAUGCUUUCAGAUUCACAGAGGCAUGUGGAAUGCCUCAGUGAUUUGGUUAUCCAAAGGAAAAAACACCUGAAUAAGGCCUUGUCUGAAAGGACUCAGUUCCUCAUGGAGGCAUAUCAGGCAUUAAACCAAAUUCACCAGCUAGAAAAGAAAAUUAUGUUUCUUGAGUACAUAUCUUUGUUUCCAGAAGACGUGAGCAAACAGAUUAGAAGCUGUAAAAAUACCCAAGCCAGUUUGAAGGCCUUUCACAGUGACAUAAAUAUAUUGUGGAGUCAAGGCAGGGAGUUAAUGAAAGAUGCAACUGAGCAAGAAAAAAAUGAGGUUUUAGCUAAGCUACAAGAACUUCAAAAUGUUUAUGAGGGUGCUUUGCAGAAAUGUGGCCAAAGACUAAUUGAACUUGAAAAGAGUUAUGUUUCUAGAAAAUACUUUAAAGAAGAUUUAGACAAAGUUUGCCAUUGGAUAAAACAGGCCGAUGUUUUAACAUUUCCAGAAAUUAAUUUAAUGAAUGAUGAUUCAGAUCUUCAUUUGCAGUUAUCCAAAUACCAACAAAUUCUUGAACAAGCACCUGAAUAUGAAAAUCUUCUCCUUUCACUGCAAAGAAAUGGCCAAGAGAUCUUGCCAUCACUUAAUGAAGUAGAUCAUUCCUACCUGGAUGAGAAGUUGAAUGUUUUGCCUCAGCAAUUUAAUUACAUUAUAGCUCUAGCCAAAGAAAAACUUUCCAAGGCCCAGGAAGCCAUCUUUAUCCGUAAAGAAUAUGCCUCCGUGAUAGACCUGACAAGCAAGGCCCUAAAAGAAUUGGAAGACCACUUUUUACUCAUGAACAAAGUCCCUCCUAAUCUUUUAACUGAAGAAGCUGUGUCACUUCAGCAAGAGUAUACUUCUCUUCUUAAUGAAGUAAUUAGGCUUGGCACAGCUGUUAAUGAACUUAAUCAGAAAAAGGAAAUUUUCCGAAGCACAGGACAACCUUGGUUACCAGAUGAAAUGCUACAUCUUGUUUGUCAUUAUUAUAAACUGAAAAGACUUUUAGAACAGAAAGUCAGAUAUCUAGGGGACACAGUGGAUGCUUAUCGGAAGCAUAAAGACCUUUGUUUAAAACUGAAUAUAAAAUUAGAGACUUUGAAUAAAGAGUUGGAUCAAGUUAAUAAAGAAACACUUCCAGCAGAAGAGAAGCUUAAAAGCUAUCGUACUUUGGCAGCCAAUCUUAGACAUGCAGGAACUCUUCAUAGACAAGUCACUGAACAUUUAGAAGAAAUGUCUUCUCUAGUUGAGCCUACUGCCUAUGAGACAGCAGAUCUUCAAAUUCAACAAUGGAAAGAACAAUUAAAAUCCUGGAAUACUAUAAUGAGGGAGAGGAUGGGAGAGUGUGAAAGCAGGUUAGUACAGAGUAUUGACUGUCAAGUUGAAAUCCAGCGUACUCUUGAGUGGUUGAGACAAAUGAAAGUGAAAUUGAAUGAACCCUUAAAUGUGGAUGGGAAGCUUGAAAGCAUCCAGGAGGAGAUCAGGAAAUUACAGCUUCAGCAAGAAGAAGUUGUCUCAAGCUUAAGGAUAAUGAGUGCGUUAAGCUUCAGGGAGAAACAGAAGUAUCUGAAAGCAAAAGAGUUGGUUCCUUCUGAGCUGGAGAACAGCCUUGCUGAAUUCACCAAACUUGAUGGAGAAAUUCAGGAAUCCAUUAAUGCAAAACAGACCACUCUGGACAAGAUAUAUGCUACGUGUCACAGAUACCAUCAGUUGGUACAGUCUGCCAGUGACUGGAUUAAAGAUGCUCAAGAAUUACUACAGCAGACUGACAAUGGUGUAGAUGUGGAAAUGGUUGAAGAAAACGUAAGAAGCAUUAAAGGGUUUCUCAGCACAGACAACAAAUUCAUUGGACUUCUAGAUGAGCUCCGUGUGAUUUUACCUGAAAUGGAACUAUUUAUUCAGUCAUCUCUACACGAUCAGUUUCAACAGGUUGUGGCAUCUUUAGAGAAGAAGGGUAGAGAAGGAAAGGAACAAGCACAGGCUCAGCUAGAUCUCCUAGAGAGAUGUGGUGUACAGUGGCAUGCAUACCAAGAGGAAAGGCACAACGUAAUAAUGUCUUUGAAUGAAGCUGAAAAGAAGUUAUCUACAUUUUCUUUGGGUAAAGAUACUUCCUUUCACAAAGCAGAAGAAAAGCUUUUCUCACACAGGUCUCUUGUGUCCUUGGUGAAUUCAUUUCAUGAGAAAAUCACAUCACUUGAAGAAAUGGCCUCUGCAAUGGAGAAACUAGGGAAUAAUUCGACCAAAGCGGCCAUAAGCAAAUCAAUGACAACCGUAUGGCAGCGAUGGACCAGGCUUCGUAGCAUAGCUCGCGAACAGGAAAAGAUCAUGGAGGAGUCGGUGCACGAAUGGAAAGAACUGGACAACAAGAUCCAGAAAUCCACAUUAACCAUUGAUCAACUCCAGGAACGUCUACCUGAAAGCUUAACUGAGAAGGCAUCAAAGGUCGAUUUAAUGGAGCUUUUAGAGACACAUGACACGUUUAGUCGAGAACUGGAGCAGGAACUAUCUGCACUUUCUGUGCUAAGGCAGCAGGCUCUGAACGGCGUGCUACGAGAUAUUCAAACAGAUACUGCUUCAACAGAGGACCUACCAGUGAUGCAAGAAAUUAAAGCAAUGCAGGACAGAUGUUCCAACAUGCAGCAAAAAGUGAAGAAAAGUAAGAAAAUUGUAGAACAGGAGAUGAAAGAGCGAGAGGAAGUGGAGAAAGAGCUAAAUGCGGUGAAGACUUGGAUAAAGGAAACAAAGGACAAUGUGUUAAAUCCUUCGUCAGAAAGGGACGUGCAACUGGAAGAGCUACAGAUUGUCAAUGAAGAGUUAUCAGCUCAUCGACACAAAGUGGAAAAGUUGUCAGAAGACCAGCAGAAUAAGUACUUAGCAAUGUAUACAAUUCUGCCUGCAGAGCUAUCAUUGUUGUUAGCUGAAGUGGCAUUAGCUCUGGGAACAAUUCAUGAAGAGAUUCAAACAAAACAAAAGGAAGCACAGGAAAACCAAACAAUGCAUCAAGAGUUUACUCAACAGAUUAAAGAAAUGGAAGAACAGCUCAAGUCAAUAUUAGCAAAACUACAGGAGAAGACCAGUAAUAUAGACCGAGCUAAAAAAGACCAUAGGAUGCUAUGUGAACAACUGGACAAUAGCAAUAUACGACUGGUUGAACUGGAUGCUGCUGUACAAGAUUUUGCUGAGCAGAGUAACUUACUGGCUAAAACACUUUUUGAUAAAAUAGGGAAACUGACAGAACUUCAGCAGCAAGCCAGCAAACAGGCAGAAUACAGAGCGGGAAAGCUAAAGCAGGCUUCUGUACACUUGGAGGAGUAUACUGAGAUGUUGGAAUUUAUAACAAAAUGGAUAGAAAAGGCAAAAAUAUUAGUGCAUGGGCACAUUUUGUGGAACUCGGCAACCCAGCUCCGUGACCAGGCAGUUGCUCAUCAGGCUUUAUUGGAGGAAUCAAGAGAAAUUCACAGUGACUUGGAAGCAAUGAAUGAAAAGAUAGAAUAUUUGUCAAGUGUGUAUUAUAUAAAUGGAAUGUCUCAGCAAGUGUCAGAACUGGGGCGGCAAACUGAAGAGCUGCAACAUGCAAUAAGGCAACGUCUGCAGAGUCUCCAGGAUGCAACUAAGGAUAUGGAGAAGUUUGAAACGGAAGUAAGAGCAUUGCAAGUUGCUUUGGAACAGGCCCAAACUACUCUAACUUCUCCAGAGCUUGGACAUUUGAGUUUAAAAGAGCAGUUGUUACACAGACAGCAUCUUUUAUCAAAAUUGGAGUCUCUAAAGCCAAAGGUUCACAGGGUGCAGCGGUGCCAGAGUGCCUUACGUAUCCCGGAAGAAGUGGUAACAAGCCUGCCUAUUUGCCACACUGCACUCAGGCUACAAGAGGAAACCAGUCGCCUCCAGCACUCAGCCAUACAACAGUGUAACAUUAUGCAGGAAGCUGUUGUACAGUAUGAGCAAUACGAGCAGGAGAUGAAGCACUUACAGCAACUCAUUGAGGAUGCGCACCGUGAGCUACAAGAUGCAAAAGUUUCAACCAAUAACAUUCAGGAGCUGCAGAGGCAGAUCUCACGGCAUGAGGAGCUGGCUAAAAAAAUCAAAGGUUACCAGGAGCAGAUAGCGUCGCUGAAUUCCAAGUGCAAGAUGUUAACAAUGAAAGCUAAACAUGCAACAAUGCUUCUCACUGUCACUGAAGUGGAAGGACUCUCAGAGGGAAUGGAGGAACUAAAUGCUGAACUCCUCCCUACGCACUCAGCCCAUCCGUCUGUUGUUAUGAUGACUGCUGGUCGCUGUCAUACUCUUCUGUCACCUGUCACUGAGGAGUCAGGGGAGGAGGGAACCAACAGUGAGAUUUCCUCCCCGCCGGCUUGUCGUUCUCCUUCACCUGUGGCUAAUACAGAUGCUUCUGUUAACCAGGACAUUGCUUAUUACCAAGCAUUAUCUGCUGAACAAUUGCAGACAGAAGCUGCAAAGAUCCAGCCAAGCACAUCUUCCCACCAAGAGAUCUAUGAACCAAGCCUGGAAUCUGCAGCCAAUGCCAAACUGGAUGACCUUCAACGUUCAUGGGAAACGCUAAAGAAUGUGAUUAGUGAAAAACAGCGCUCCUUAUAUGAAGCGCUAGAGCGACAGCAAAGAUACCAAGACUGUCUCCAGUCUGUUUCCACAAAAAUGGAGGCCAUAGAAGUAAUACUGAACGAAAGUUUGGAGCCCAACAAGACCCCAGAGAGUCAGAUGGCUGAACACCAGGCGUUGAUGGACGAGAUUUUAAUGUUGCAGGAAGAGAUCAGCAAGUUGCAGGUGUCCUUUUCAGAUGAACUGGUGUCAGAAUCUCUGGACUCUGAUGCUGCUGACCAGUUAGCUUUGCAGUCAACACUCACUGUCUUAGCAGAGAGAAUGUCCACCAUAAAAAUGAAAGCCUCGGGGAAACGGCAACUCCUGGAGGAGAAACUAAAUGAACAGUUGGAAGAGCAGCGCCACGAGCAGGCUUUGCAGAGAUACCGCAGUGAAGCUGAUGAACUUGAUGAUUGGCUUUUGCAAACCAGAGCCACGUUGGAAAGAGUUUUACUUGCUUUUGAAGAGCCAAUGGACAUGGAAGCACAACUUAUUGAUUGCCAGAACAUGUUGUUGGAAAUUGAGCAAAAGGUGGUAGCUUUGUCAGAGCUCUCGGUUCACAGUGAAAACUUGCUCAUGGAAGGAAAGACUCAUACCAAGGAUGAGGCCGAGCAGCUGUCUAUGAAGCUAAGAACUUUGAAAGGAAGUCUUUUGGAACUGCAGAGGGUUCUCCAAGACAAGCAGAUCAGUAUCCAGGCUACACUAGCAUGGGGAGAGAUGAAAGCCCACAAGAAAGCAGAACAUGGAAAUUUUCAUGAGAACGAGGAGUCUGAGUUAGAACUGUCAUCUUCACAAAGUCCCAGUGUACAGGAAUGGCUGGCGCAAGCACGGACAACUCGUACCCUCCAGAAGCAAAACAGCCUACAAAGGCAAAAGGAACUGGAACAAGAGCUUGCGGAGCAAAAGAAGUUACUGCAAUCAGUUGCUAGUCGUGGAGGAGAAAUCAUAAACCAGCAGACAGUUACUGAUGGCCAACACCUUUAUGAACGUCCAGAUGCCUUAUCUCAAGAGCUUGGAUUGGAAGGUUUGCGAACAACGCCAGAAAGUCAAAUGAAAAUGAAGUGGGAAAGUCUGCAUCAAGAGCUAAGCACCAAGGAGAAAUUAGUACAGAAUGCUUUACAGCAGGAACAAGAGCAACCAAUAUACAAUGAAACAAGCCAACUAAUAUCCGGAGUGCCUUUUUACAAAGGAGAUAAGCAAGUCCAAGAUAAAGCAUCUCUAACAAAUAUCUUGGAUGGAUUGAACCAAGCUUUGGAAAAUGCUUCUUCUCAGAAUGUAGGCUUAGACAAGAAGAGUCUCCCAUUGGAGAAAAAACUGUAUGAUGCAGUCUCAGCAACAUCUACUUGGCUAGAUGAUGUGGAGGAAAGACUUUUUGCAGCAACCCCCCUACAAACAGAAGAGACACAGACCUGCCUUGACAAUCAAGAGAAUUUGGCAAAAGACAUAAAGGAUAUGUCGGAGGAAAUGGACAAGAACAAGAGCCUUUUCUUCCAAACCUUUUCCACCAGUGGAAAACGCCAAGAGCUAAUAGAGGAUACGCUAUAUUGUCUAAUGGGAAGGCUAAACUCUUUGGAGUUAGUUGUAAAUAACCGGUGCCAUCAAAUGAAGGAAAGACUGCAGGAACUUCUGACCUUCCAGAAUGAUUUAAAAAUGGUGUUUACAUCAUUAGCGGAGAACAAAUAUGCAACUCUGCACAAGUUAGCCGAAGCUGUUGAGCGUCCGGCAAAAGAGCAAAUACAGGCAAUUCUGCAAGCAGAGGACAGUCUAAAAGAACUGGAUUUGGAAAUUGUAGAACUGAGGAGGCGUGGAGACAAGUUACAGGUGGACCAAUCAUCAAUGCAAGAACUUUCAAAACUCCAGGAUAUGUAUGAUGAGCUGAUGAUGAUUAUUAACUCAAGACGCAGUGGUUUGAAUCAGAAUCUAGCUCUCAAGAAUCAGUAUGAACGGGCACUGCAGGACUUGUCUGAUUUAAUUGAAACAGGACUAGAGAAGAUGUCAGGAGGAAGGAAAUGCAUGGUUUCUUCCAAAAAUGAGGUUCAGAUACUACUAGAUAAACAUAAGGAAUAUUUCCAAGGCCUGGAAUGUCACAUGAUACUUACUGAAACACUGUUUAGGAAGAUUAGCAGUUUUACACUUCCAAGAGAAGAAAACCACCAUAGUGAUCUAAUGUCAAAGGCGUCCGCAGUGCUGAAACAGGCUCACAAGAGAGGCGUGGAGCUGGAAUAUAUUCUUGAGACUUGGAUGUUUUUGGAAAUGGAGUAUCGAGAAUUAAGCAGACAACUGGAAUCUGUUGAGAGCAACAUACCUGUGGUUGGACUGGUGGAAGAAUCGGAAGAUAGACUUACAGAGAGGAUUACACUGUAUCAGUGCUUUAAAUCAAGAUUAACAGAGCACCAGCCCAGACUCUACCAGGUUUUGGAAGAUGGCAAAAAACUCCUGAUGUCGGUCAGCUGCUCAGAAUUGGAAGGACACUUGAGUCAGCUUGGAGAGCAGUGGCUGAACAAUACAAAUAAAGUUACUAAGGAGAUGAGUAGACUGGAGAACAUACUCAAACUGUGGACACGGUAUAAGAAUGAAUCUGCAGAACUUGUUCAUUGGUUGCGAUCUGCAAUGGACCGACUUGAUUUCUGGACUCAGCAAUCUGUAACUGUCCCUCAAGAGUUAGAGACAGUCCGUGACCACCUUAAUGCUUUCCUGGAGUUCUCUAAAGAGGUUGAUGCAAAAUCAUCACUGAAGUCUUCAGUACUAAGCACUGGAAAUCAGCUGCUUCGUCUAAAAAAAGUGGACACUGCUGCACUCCGUUCGGAGCUGGCAAAAGUUGAUAACCAAUGGACAGAUCUCUUGACGCACAUCCCUGUGGUACAAGAGAAACUGCAUCAGCUGCAAAUGGACAAAUUGCCUUCACGCCAUGCAAUUACAGAACUAAUGACCUGGAUCUCUCUGAUGGAAAAUGUAAUUAAAGAGGAUGAAGAAAAUAUACGGAAUGUAGUUGGAUGUGAAGUUAUUCAAGAAUUUCUUCUAAAAUACAAGGGAUUUAAGAUUGAUGUAAACUGCAAGCAACUGACUGUUGACUUUGUGAACCAAUCAGUGCUGCAGAUAAGCAGCCAGGACGUGGAAAGUAAGAGAAGCGACAAAACUGAUUUUGCAGAGAAACUUGGAGCCAUGAACAGACGCUGGCAAAUCCUACAGGGUCUGAUAACAGAGAAGAUCCAGCUGUUGGAAGGAUUGCUAGAAUCUUGGACUGACUAUGGGAACAACGUCAAAAGCCUGAAAUCCUGGUUUGAGAGACAAGAGAAGAAGCUGCAGAAACAUCAAAAUAUAGGUGAUCGGGCAUCGGUUCAGAAUAGCUUAAAGGAUUGCCAGGAACUUGAAGAAUUAUUAAGGGCAAAGGAAAAAGAUAUAGAGAAGGUUGAACAGAGUGGUCUAGCUUUAAUCCAAAAUAAAAAAGAAAAGGUUACAGCUACAGUCAUGGAUACCCUCAGAGAACUCAGUCAUACCUGGGCAAAUUUGGACCACAUGGUUGGACAACUAAAGAUAUUGUUAAAGUCUGUACUUGAUCAGUGGACCGUUUACAAAAUGGUUUAUGAAGAGCUAAACAGCUACCUAAUGGAAGCCAAAUAUUCUAUGUCUCGUUUCCGGCUGUUGACUGGAUCCAUGGAAGCCGUCAAAGUCCAAGUAGACAACCUUCAGAGUCUGCAGGAAGAGUUGGAGAAACAAGAUAGUGGUCUAGAUAAAUUUACAUCUGUCACUGAUCAGUUGAUGAAACAAAGUAAACCAGCAGUGAAGGAGACACUCAGUGGCACUUUGAAGGACGUUAAUACAAGGUGGAAUAAUUUAAUGGAGGAGAUAGCACAACAGUUGCAUUCUAGUAAGGCACUGCUCCAACUAUGGCAACAAUAUAAAGAUUUCUGUAGCCAGUGCUUUUCCACGGUCCAGCAACACGAAGAUCGGGCUAGUGAAUUACUGAAGACCGCAACCAAUAAAGACUUAGGAGAUGAUGAAAUUAAUUCCUGGAUACAUGAAUGCAGCGUUCUUCUGAAAAGUUUAAGUGCUACUAAAAACUCAUUGAUUGUUCUUAAUGAGUUGGGAGAACAACUCAAGCAACAGGUGGACUCAUCUGCAGCAGCAACCAUCCUAGCGGAUCACUUGUCUCUGAAUCAGCGCUUGUCAGUGCUGGAGCAAACUCUGCAGAGGCAACAAGCUAUUCUCCAGGCUGGAGUUGUAGAUUACGAGACAUUUGUGAAAAGCCUUGAAGGUCUUGAGACAUGGAUUGUAGAAGCAGAAGAGGUAUUAAAUGGACAGGAUCCAAACCGCUCAUCAGACCUUUCUACAAUUCAGGACAGGAUGGAAGAACUUAAAGGGCAAAUGCUGAAGUUCAGUAGCAUGGUUUCAGACUUAGAUCGGCUCAAUGAGCUGGGUUAUAGACUGCCCCUGAAUGACAAGGAAAUCAAACGCAUGCAGAACUUGAACAGGCGCUGGACUAUGGUCUCAUCACAAACUACGGAACGGUUCAGCAAACUGCAGUCAUUUUUACUGCAACACCAGACUUUCUUAGAGAAAUGUGAGACAUGGAUGGAGUUUCUGAUUCAGACGGAGCAGAAGUUGGCUGUAGAAAUUUCAGGAAACUUCCAGAGUUUGUUAGAACAGCAAAGAGCUCACGAGUUAUUUCAAGCAGAAAUGUUCAGCCGCCAGCAGAUUUUGCAUUCAAUAAUCGUCGAUGGGCAGCGCCUUCUUGAACAAGGACAAGUGGAUGACAGGGAUGAGUUUAACCUGAAACUGAACCUGCUCAGUAAUCAAUGGCAAGGUGUGAUCCGUCGAGCUCAGCAACGGAAAGGAAUUAUUGACAGCCAGAUACGUCAGUGGCAGCGCUACAGGGAGAUGGCUGAGAAGUUACGCAAGUGGUUGGUAGAGAUGUCCUAUCAGCCUGUGAUUGGUCUUGGGGAUAUUCCUAUUCCUUUGCAGCAAGCCAGGGCUCUUCUUGAUGAAAUCCAGCUAAAAGACAGAGUUCUUCACAGGCAACAAGGAAGCUACAUUCUAACUGUGGAAGCUGGAAAGCAACUGCUCCUUUCUGCUGACAGCGGGGCAGAGGCGGCCUUGCAGGCAGAACUCAUUGAAAUACAAGAGAGGUGGAAGUCAACCACAGUGAGGUUGGAGGAACAGAAGAAACAACUUGCUUUCUUACUUAAAGACUGGGAAAAAUGUGAUAAGGGGAUAGCAGAAUCGUUGGAAAAACUAAGGACUUUCAGGAAAAAUCUUUCUCAGCCUAUCCCGGACCAUCAUGAUGAGCUUCAUGCCGAACAGAUUCGUUGCAAGGAACUAGAAAAUGCAGUUGAUGGGUGGGUUGAGGACCUGGCUCAUUUGACUGUUCUGAAGAAGACUUUCUCACCAUAUAUCAAUGCAGAUGACAUCUCCAUACUUAAUGAGCGCAUUGAGCUCUUGCAACGACAAUGGGAGGAGCUUUGUCAUCAGGUAUCAUUGAGACAGCAGCAAGUCAGUGAGAGGCUUAAUGAGUGGGCUAUAUUCAACGAGAAGAACAAGGAACUGUGUGAAUGGCUCACGCAGAUGGAGAGCAAAGUCUCACAGAAUGCAGACAUCAGCAUUGAAGAGAUGAUUGAAAAACUUAAAAAGGAUUAUCAGGAUGAAAUCGCAGUAGCCCGUGUAAACAAGAUGCAGCUCCAGCAAAUGGGAGAGAGGCUUGCCAAGGUCAGCCAUGAAAACAAGGCUUCGGAGAUCGAGUACAAACUUGGCAAAGUGAAUGACAGAUGGCAACAUCUGCUGGAUCUUAUUGGAGCAAGAGUGAAGAAACUUAAGGAGACGUUGGUUGCAGUGCAACAGCUGGACAAGAACAUGAGCAGUCUAAGAUCAUGGCUGGUCCACAUAGAAUCUGAGCUGUCCAAGCCUAUCGUGUAUGAAACCAGCGAUUCCGAGGAGAUACAAAGGAAACUAAAUGAGCAGCAGGAGCUGCAAAGAGACAUCGAAAAGCACAGUACUGGAGUAGCAUCUGUCCUAAAUCUAUGUGAAGUUCUUCUACAUGACUGUGACGCAUGCGCCACCGACACGGAGUGUGAAUCCAUUCAGCAGGCUACACGAAGCCUUGAUCGGAGAUGGAGAAACAUCUGUGCGAUGUCUAUGGAAAGGAGACUGAAAAUUGAAGAAACAUGGAGGCUGUGGCAGAAGUUCUUUGAUGACUUCUCAAGAUUUGAAGAUUGGCUUCAGAAUUCUGAAAGGACAGCUGCCUUCCCCAGUUCGUCUGGUGUGCUAUAUACGGUGGCCAAAGAGGAGCUGAAGAAAUUUGAGGCCUUCCAAAGACAAGUACAUGAAAGCUUAACUCAGCUAGAAUUAAUCAACAAACAAUAUCGCCGCCUGGCUCGAGAAAACCGAACUGAUUCUGCUUGCAGGUUGAAGCAGAUGGUCCAUGAAGGAAACCAACGAUGGGAUAACUUACAGAAGAGAGUUUCUUCUAUCCUGAGGAGGUUGAAGCAUUUCAUUAGCCAACGGGAAGAAUUUGAGACAGCUCGAGAUAGUAUAUUGGUGUGGCUAACAGAGAUGGACCUUCAGCUGACAAAUAUUGAACACUUCUCUGAAUGUGAUGUACAAGCAAAAAUAAAACAACUCAAGGCUUUCCAGCAGGAGAUCUCCUUAAAUAACAAUAAAAUUGAUCAAAUAAUUGCACAAGGGGAACAAUUAAUAGAUAAGAGUGAACCCAUGGAUGCAGCUGUCAUUGAAGAAGAAUUGGAUGAGCUCAGGAGAUACUGUCUUGAAGUCUUUGGUCGUGUUGAACGUUAUCACAAGAGGCUGAUUCGUCUUCCUCUGACCGAUGAUGAGCUUGACUCUGAUCGAGAUGGCGAUAUAGAUGAAGCAACCGAUAUGUCUGACAUUCCCUGGCACACAAAGACCACUGGGGGAAUUAUAUCACCUUUACCAUCUUCCAGCCACUCAGUGUCACUAAUACCUCCUUUGAAAGGUGAUAGAUCAGGUCGUGAUACUCCAGCAAGUGUGGACUCCAUUCCAUUGGAAUGGGAUCAUGACUAUGAUCUUAGUCGAGACCUUGAGACAGCUGUUUCUCAAGUACUGCACUCAGAUGGAGAAGAAGAUCAACAAGAGAAAAAUUACUUCCUUCAUGGAGCAGCUGCUAUAGCUGAUGUAGAGAUUCCUGAAAGUCCAGAAGCCUAUGUAAAACUUACUGAAAAAAUUCUGAAAAACAUGUCUGUGGAAUCAGGUUUGGAAACGCAGAUUCGACAACUAGACAAAGCCCUCGACACCAGCCGAUUCCAUUUGCAGCAAACAGAACAUGUUAUACGCAGCAGAACGCCAACUGGCCCUGAGUUAGACUCAAGUUACAUGGGUUAUAUGAAGCUUCUUGGAGAGUGCCGAGGGAGCAUAGAUACAGUGAAGAGGGUGAGUGGGAAACUGAAAGAGGAAGAGGAGAAACUUUCGGGAUUUAUUAAUUUGAAUGGCACAGAAACACAAUCAUCUGGUGUUAUUGAGAGGUGGGAGUUAAUCCAAGCGCAAGUCCGUAACAAGGAACACCGAAUGAAGCAAAAACUUCAGCAAUGGCAACAGUUUAUCUCAGACCUCAAUAACAUCUGGGAUUGGCUGGGUGACACUGAAGAAGAGCUCGAACAACUUCACCAGUUAGAAGUUAGCACAGAUAUCCAAACUAUUGAACAAAGAAUCAAAAAACUAAAGGAGCUCCAGAAGGCUGUUGAUAGUCGCAAAGCUAUAGUCCUCUCCAUUAACCUCUGUAGCUCAGAGUUUACUCAGCCUGAUACAGCAGAAAGCAAGGAACUUCAGGAGCGCUUGAGUCAAAUGAACAUGAGGUGGGACCGUGUGGGCAACACUUUAGAUCAGUGGCGUUGUACUCUCCAGGAUGCUUUGAUGCAGUGUCAGGACUUCCAUGAAAUGAGCCAUGGGCUUCUGCUUUGGUUGGAAAAUAUAGACAGAAGAAAGAACGAGAUUCUUCCACUCAAUCCAAACCUUGACUCUGACACCCUGCAAGACCACCACAAACUUUUGACGCAAAUCAAGCGUGAAUUGCUAGAGUCCCAACUGAAAGUGGCAUCUCUGCAAGACAUGUCAUGCCAGCUCCUAGUUAAUGCAGAGGGCAAGGAUUCUCUAGAAGCCAAGGAAAAAGUUCAUGUAAUUGGAAACAGACUCAAGGUGCUGUUGAAGGAAGUCACUCGUCAUAUCAAAGAACUAGAAAAAAUGUUAGACAUCUCAAGUAAUCAACUGGAAUUAACGUCAUGGUCUUCAGCAGAUGAUCUAGACACUUCUGGAUCCCUAAGCCCUUUGUCCGGCAGAAGCACACCUAGCAGACAGAGAACGCCACGGGGCAAAUGUAGUCUCUCACAGCCUGGACCCUCUGUCAACAAUCCACCUAGCAGGUCCAAAGAAGUUGGUUCAGGUUCCUCCCGUUCUGAGGACCAUCUGACUCAGCGUCAUGAAUCCUUUUUCCUACGCGUUUUACGAGCUGCUCUACCACUCCAGCUUCUUCUGCUGCUGUUGAUUGGUCUUGCUUGCCUUGUACCAAUGACUGAAGAAGACUACAGUUGUACUCUUGCCAAUAACUUUGCCAGGUCCUUUCACCCAAUGCUGAGAUACACCAAUGGACCACCUCCUAUAUAGGCGUCCCUCUUUAUUAAACUUUGCCUUUGGAGACAGACACUGAAACUUGGGCUGUUGUCAGCUUUCUAUUGCACUCAUUGUGGCAGCUUUAUUUACCUGAACUAACCCUUGCAAAUAUAAUAUUACUAAAGCCACGACGAUACUGAUAACUAUACAGAUUAUUUAUGUUAUCAAAUGACGCAUUUUCAAGGGUGGAAUUCUUUGUACUACACUGUUUUGAACUUUUACUGAAAACUAUGCAUAGCCAAAAUGAUUUUGUCAUCAUAUUGACGAUCAAAACUCUAACAAGCCGUUAACUUAUCCACACUGAGAGUGUUAUCAGUAUUUGAGAAGAUUCCGCAAGGAAAUGGUAAUAUUUUAGAUGCUUGUAAUAUAACAUUUUAAAGAGCUUAAUAUGGCAAAAUAUUUUUUUACUUUUCCUCAGUGUUUUUUUUUUUUAAGUCAGGUUUAUGUUGAGGCAAUGAGGGAAGCAUGAGCUAAGUAACCUCAGCUUUAAAAUUUGAAGAUGUAAAAAUAAGAGGCACUUUUUAAAAAAAUCUAUGAAACUGGAUGUAAGAAAUGAAAUAAAGAAAAUGUUCUGAAGGAAAAAAAUGAUCAAAUGUUAAAAUAGAACAUAUUAUUUAUGUAUGUACAGUUUGCUAAGCCAAGUUUUGUUUGUAUUAAUUUCUUGCAAUUAUACAUAUUAUAAAAUA